AUGACGGACACCCGGCGGCGGGUGAAGGUGUACACCCUGAACGAGGACCGGCAGUGGGAUGACCGGGGCACCGGACAUGUCUCCUCCGGAUAUGUGGACCGUCUGAAGGGCAUGUCUCUGCUAGUGAGGGCCGAGAGCGACGGUUCACUUCUUCUGGAAUCAAAAAUCAAUCCCAACACUGCUUACCAGAAACAACAGGACACGCUAAUCGUGUGGUCGGAGGCCGAAAACUAUGACCUGGCGCUGAGUUUUCAGGAGAAAGCUGGAUGCGAUGAGAUUUGGGAGAAGAUAUGUCAGGUUCAAGGAAAGGACCCCUCGGUGGACAUCACUCAGGACCUUGUGGACGAAUCAGAAGAGGAGCGCUUCGAGGACAUGUCCUCCCCGGGCCUGGAGCUACCACCCUGUGAACUUAGCCGGCUGGAGGAGAUUGCUGAAGUUGUGGCAUCGUCGUUACCGUCUCCAUUACGACGUGAGAAACUUGCCCUGGCCCUGGAGAACGAGGGAUAUAUAAAAAAACUCCUGGAACUUUUCCACGUGUGUGAAGACCUGGAGAACAUUGAAGGAUUGCACCACUUGUAUGAAAUAAUCAAGGGGAUCUUCCUUUUAAACCGAACUGCACUCUUUGAGGUCAUGUUUUCAGAAGACUGCAUUAUGGACAUCAUUGGCUGCUUGGAGUAUGAUCCGUCUUUGUCUGUGCAACGCAAACACCGGGAGUUUCUGACAAAAACAGCUAAGUUUAAGGAGGUGAUUCCCAUAUCAGACCUUGAACUGAAACAGAAAAUCCACCAGACGUACAGAGUGCAGUAUAUACAAGACGUGGUAUUGCCCACCCCCUCUGUCUUUGAAGAAAACAUGCUGUCCACGCUUCACUCUUUCAUAUUUUUUAACAAGGUGGAGAUAGUUGGGAUGUUACAGGAAGAUGAAAAAUUUCUUACAGAAUUAUUUGCGCACCUCACAGAUGAAGCAACAGACGAUGAAAAGAGGCAGGAGCUAGUGAAUUUCCUGAAAGAGUUUUGUGCUUUCUCUCAAACUUUACAACCUCAGAAUAGAGACGCUUUCUUCAAGACUCUGUCCAAUAUGGGCAUACUGCCUGCUCUGGAAGUGAUUCUGGGUAUGGACGAUCCACAGGUUCGAAGUGCAGCCACUGAUAUAUUCUCAUAUCUGGUGGAAUAUAACCCAUCUAUGGUCCGUGAAUUUGUAAUGCAGGAAGCUCAGCAAAAUGAUGAUGACAUCCUUCUAAUCAAUCUCAUCAUUGAACAUAUGAUCUGUGACUCUGAUCCUGAGCUGGGUGGCGCUGUACAGCUAACGGGACUGUUACGGACAUUAGUAGAUCCAGAUAACAUGCUUGCAACUACCAGCAAAACGGAGAAAACAGAAUUUUUGGGAUUCUUCUACAAGCAUUGCAUGCAUGUCCUCACUGCCCCCUUACUGGCCAACACUACAGAGGAAAAGCCCAGCAAAGAUGACUUCCAGACGGCACAGCUGCUGGCACUGAUCUUGGAGCUGCUGACAUUCUGUGUUGAACAUCACACGUACCACAUAAAGAAUUACAUCAUCAACAAGGACAUCCUGCGCAGAGUGUUGGUCCUCAUGUCUUCUCUGCACUCUUUUCUGGCCCUGUGUGCGCUGCGGUUUAUGCGGAAGAUUGUUGGUCUGAAGGACGAAUUCUACAACCGAUACAUAGUGAAAAGUUUCCUGUUUGAACCUGUAGUGAAAGCCUUUCUCAAUAACGGAUCCCGGUAUAAUCUCCUGAACUCCGCCAUCAUUGAGAUCUUUGAAUUUGUGCGUGUGGAGGAUGUUAAGUCGCUAACGGCUCAUGUCAUUGAAAAUUACUGGAAAGCUUUGGAAGACGUGGAUUAUGUACAGACGUUUAAAGGUCUCAAACUAAGAUAUGACCAGCAGCGGGAGAGACAGGACAACCCCAAGCUUGACAGCAUGCGAUCUAUCCUCAGGAAUCAUCGGUACGGCGGGAUGCACGCUCCUUAGAGGAUGAAGAAGAAAUGUGGUUUAACACGGAAGACGAAGAACUGGAGGACGGAGAUGCGAUGGUUCUUCCUUCUGACAAAAUAAAGAACAGCGAGGAUCUCAUGGAUCCGAUCAGCAAGUUCAUGGAAAGAAAGAAGUUGAAGGAGAGUGAAGAGAAGGAGGUUCUUCUGAAGACCAGCCUCACAGGCCGACAGAGUCCAAGUUUUAAACUUUCCUUUUCUGGAGGGACAAAGACAACCCUCACCAGCCAAUCAACAGCAAGCAGUUUACCGGGAUCCCCCAGUCCGCCUGGAUCUCCCGGCUCACCCGGUUCUCCUGGGUCCGUUUCCAAAAGCACACCUCAGACGGCAGCUAUUACUACAAAGGUGAGUUUGACUGUAGCAUGGCAUGUCGCUGAUG